AUGAGAAGACUUUUUUCACAAGUAGCGUCGAGAUUAUUGAAGAAGAACGAGAAUCAUGAUUUGCAAGCCACGCUGAAGUUUCUGACUAGAGGCUCGGUACCUGGAACCUCAAUAUCCUCGUUACUAGGUGGUUCAAGUGCAAGAAGUACAGUCUUUGAGGAUGAAGCUGGCAAGGAGGAAGAUGCUAAACAUGUUGAACGAAUCUUGAAGAUUCUAAACUCCACAUUACCUGAAGUUGAGUCAAAGAAAAAGAGAGUCGAGGCACAUUAUGAUAUACUUUUCACUCAACUUAAGAAUAUUGUUGAGAAAUCAAUCGAAAAUUCUGCACAAACUAAUGGAUCCAGAGAUGUCACUGUGACCUCCGAAGUACUGUACAAUAAGCUUAUGAUGUUGCAGUACACAAGUAAGCUAAAGGUUAAGGAGAUGGCAAAACUGAUGUUGUCAAAGGGGUUUUCGCAAUUCGAUAGAGUGUGGGAGAAUGCGUCGAUGUUCAAUGAUAUGCAGAAGUUGGACCUAUCCAUUUUGCUCUAUUACAGAAAGAGGGACAAAAGUAUACGCAAUGAAUACGAGAGUAAAUGGUUCAAAAACUAUAAUAGGCUUCAUAUAAUAGUACAGAGAAUAUUGUGGAGGUCUGUCAUGAACGAAAAGGACACCAAGGAAGCUGCAAUUCAGCAUAUUGAGCACUACAUCAAGCAGAUACCGAUGUGGACGAGUAACGAUAUUGUAGUUCUCUACCAAUCUCUAUACGGUAUUGCCCACCUAUUACCCAUAGAGUCGCUGAAUCAUGGGCUUCAGUUGAGUAAGAAUCAAGAGCUGUUUCUAACAACCUUGAGAGUCCUCUCGGGGCAUGGCGGCGAACUGAAGGACAUAAAUAAAUGGCUGGUCAAGAUAGUUAAAUUGAGCGUAGAGAACAAGCUUGCCGCGGAAAGGGAACCAGUGCAGUUAAAAGCAACUACUCAUAGCCCAACUAUUUCCAUAUACCAAUAUAAAUUCAUCAGAGGGCUAGACCUCGCAUUGCAGGAAAUUCACAGUUCAUGCGAUGGGAACAAAUAUCUAACUCCCCUUCAGGAAGAAUUGGAAACAAUCCUGAGAAAAGCAAAUGAUGAAGAACAAGAAAUAAAGUCACAAAUGUCAUUGAAAUUCAUAUGA